UGUACCAGUCUUGCCUCAGAAAGGCUCGCCUGCCGGCCAAGUGCCGGUCCCUUGGUUGACCACCACCAAAGUAUCAAAAAGUGCACCCGCCUCCGUUCUGCCGCUCUAUUAUUUUCCUUUCUGUUAACAGGUCAAAUCUGCGUUCGCCCUUCCCAAACCCUCCUCAUCCAUCGAUCGGCGUGGCGGAGGCGAUCAGAUCGGAUACGAUCAUGACGAUUGCUUCGAAGAUGCUCCGCCACUCUCGCAAGUUAAGGAAUGCUCAGAAUGCUCUACAAAAUGAGCCUGCUGUUCUUGCUCGUUACAUUUCAAAAGAUGCUGGCCCUUUUGUUGGUAAAAGAGAUGAUAUAUCAAGGAGCCAUCAUUGUGGUUUGCAUGGAAAGAGGGAUGGAGAUUCAAAUGUUUUUGUUGGAGGCCUUCCAUUUAAGACCAAGUGCUUUGAAAGCAGAAGCAGCAUAAAAGAUUUUGAUGUCUUCAAGAUACCUUCUCUAGGGCUAGUCAAGACCACCAUUUCUAGAAAAACAACUAAAAUGACUAUUCCGGUGGCUGGCAUGAGGUUCAACAGCACUCUGUCAUGUAUGCAGGCAGUGCCAAGGAGAUGUUUCUCAAGCAACUCAGAUUUGCCUCCACAUCAAGAAAUUGGGAUGCCAUCACUUUCUCCGACCAUGACUGAGGGAAACAUUGCUAGGUGGCUGAAGAAGGAAGGAGAUAAAGUUUCUCCUGGUGAAGUGCUCUGCGAAGUUGAAACUGAUAAAGCUACUGUGGAAAUGGAAUGCAUGGAAGAAGGCUAUCUUGCUAAGAUAAUACAUGGAGAUGGGGCCAAAGACAUUAAAGUUGGCGAGGUGAUUGCUAUAACUGUGGAAGAAGAGGAUGAUAUUGCAAAAUUUAAAGAUUAUGAAGUUUCAACAGCUGCUGCUCCUGCUGAAGUUAAGGCAGCUUCUGAGCCCACAUCACCUGUAAAGGAGGAAGCAGAGCCUGUUAAAGCUCCUGAACAAAAAGUUUCAAAGGCCGAAGAAGUUUCUCAUGCAGAUGAUCGUAUUUUCUCCAGUCCUCUUGCAAGAAAGUUAGCAGAAGAUAACAAAGUACCUCUUUCAAGCAUAAAAGGUACUGGUCCUGAUGGGCGCAUUGUGAAAGCAGAUAUUGAAGAUUAUUUGGCAUCUACUGCUAAGGGCAUCUCCAAGACAAAGCAAGCAGGAGCAGCACAAUACUUAGCCUAUGUGGACAUUCCAAAUGCUCAAAUAAGAAAAGUUACCGCUUCUCGCUUGCUGCUCUCUAAGCAAACUAUUCCUCAUUAUUAUUUAACAGUAGAUACCCGUGUUGACAAACUUAUGGAGUUGCGUGGCCAACUUAAUUCUUUGCAAGAAGCCUCUGGUGGAAAACGGAUUUCUGUCAAUGACCUUGUCAUAAAGGCUGCUGCUUUGGCUCUGCGCAGAGUUCCUCAGUGCAACAGUUCCUGGAUGAAUGAUUUCAUCCGUCAGUAUCACAAUGUGAAUAUUAAUGUUGCUGUACAAACAGAUAAUGGAUUGUUUGUUCCAGUUAUCAGGGAUGCAGACAAAAAGGGAUUAUCUACAAUUGCAGAAGAGGUGAAGCAUUUAGCUCAAAAGGCCAAAGAUAACAGUCUGAAACCAGAAGAUUAUGAGGGAGGCACGUUCACUGUAUCAAACUUGGGAGGUCCUUUUGGAAUCAAGCAAUUCUGCGCCAUUAUAAAUCCCCCCCAGUCAGGAAUUUUGGCUGUUGGCUCUGCUGAGAGGAGGGUAAUUCCUGGUGCUGGUCCUGAUCAAUUUGAGUUUGGUUCCUUCAUGUCGGUGACAUUGAGCUGUGACCACCGUGUGAUUGAUGGUGCAAUUGGCGCGGAGUGGUUGAAAGCAUUCAAGGGCUACAUUGAGAACCCAUACUCCAUGUUACUGUGAAGCAAAAGCAGCACGAAUCAUUUUUUGUAGAAUUUAUCAAAUAAAGCUCUUCAUUUUCGCCGAAUCUUUUGUUUUUACAGUCUUUUUGGUUGGUGUAUAAUUCGCUGCUUCCUUGAGGAAUAUCCAGGCAGGAGGCCAAUUUGGCCAGCAAAUGAAUGACCUUUGUGAGUUGGUUUUAUUAUUUUUUGCUGAGAUCGAAAAGGAUGGUUUUGUUUUCAAGUCCUGGUACCAAUUGCUGUACCUAUUGAAUCUGAUUGAAUUAUUCCAAUGAAUAGUAGUAUCUCCUUAUCAAAUAAAAUGCAUCUGAAACGAGUCCUGGCAAUGG